GAGAGAGAGAGGGUCACAUGCAUUUCGACGGAAGCGAUCAUGUGAUCUCUCUGUUCCUCUCUGGUAACGCCGACGACUCUCUCUCUCUCUCUCUCUCUCUCUUCCACUCUCGUCUUCAUUUUUUGUUCAUCUCUCUGUUGAUUAUUUAAUGAAUUUCCAUGUUGCACUCUGUGUACGGAACGGGAUACUCUUUGCCCCCGCUUUCCUUGCUUAGGGUUUUUUGAUCACUGGCUUCUAUAGCUGCUCUUCUGCUCUCGCUUCUCCAGGCGGUGGAAUCGGUCGGAAGGAGCUCUUCCUGCUGUCGCAGUCGCGGAGCGGCGGCGUCUUCCAUGGUCGAUACUAUAUACCUUGUUGCUGCUCUGUUUCAGGCGAGCCCGGCCGUCUCGGUGGGGCGCCGUGCGGGGACUCGGGGUUCUGGACGGUUCUGAGCUGGUUCUGAGUCUUCUGACGGUGAUCCAGGGCGAAUCUUUCUGCACUGCUGCUCGGAAUGCGGCCGAGAGACAGGCUUUUUGAGGUCUGAUUGCUCGGGAGCGUGGCGGAGGCUCUGGCCUCAGGAGAACCUGUUGAGCAUUGUCGGUGUUGAUGCAGAGACCUGCGGGAAUGGUCGAUUUCGUGUCUUGAUCGUCUUCGACGAGGCGAUCGGCGAUAGGAAGCUAGGCGGUUAGGUUCCUUGCUGGCGCGGUUGUGCUUGGCUGGGUUUCUCUGGGCGAAACUUUUUGCUGUAGGCGCGCAGAAGCAGUGGCGGCGUUAGGUUCGUAGGUGGACGUGUCUCUCGCGAUAGAAGGCAUUGAAGACAUCUAGUAAGAUAUAGGCGUCUGUAUUUCUCCGUAGAGUGUAGGUUAGCGAUAAAUGUCACAUGCGAGUAAGGCAUUAACAGAAAACAUAGCGCAUGCGAAGCAGGAGAAUCUUCGAGGCAGUUGGUUUUUCUCUCCUUUUUUCAGUUUGAAGUCGUCUCUUGUGGCAGAUUGCAUCGGAUCAAUUUCUUCCUGAACAUUUUAUUGAGUUUUUGGUCAAAGAGACCCAACAGUAAUGCGCCUGAAGGGAGAUUUGGUUGUUGAGCUGCAUGUCUUCAUCCGAUCUCGCGAACCGUGAAGUUUAAUGCUACAAUGGUGGAUAUGGACUCUCUUUGGAGCGAGAACAUAGCGAUAGAGUUGUUCUGUAGAUGAAGUAGUAAAGAUCGUGUGACUUUUUUAUAAACUAGAGUUUUAUGCUCGAAUCUGGUUUGGAGGGAGGUUUUGAUAUUGCAACAUUUGGUGGAGCGUAUCCCGCUGCGGCACUGUGUUGUAAGUGACCGACAUGGGGUGCUUACAGUCUAAGACCAGCAAUGUCCAAAGCCCAGAUGAGGCUUCAGUGGAAAUGGAGAAAGCUGACCAAGCUAAUGGCGAAAAUGUUGAACAAGAUUGCGUCCCCGCCUUCAAGGAGUUUGGCCUGUUAGAGCUCCGGAAUGCGACGGGUGGAUUUAGCAGCGAGUAUAUUGUUUCUGAGAGUGGAGAGAAGGCCCCAAACGUGGUUUACAAGGGGAAGUUAGACAACAACCGGUGGGUCGCUGUCAAACGCUUUUCCAAGCAGUCGUGGCCUGAUCCUCAACAAUUUGCGGCGGAAGCUGCGGGGGUCGGAAAGCUACGAAAUAAGAGAUUAGUGAACCUAAUUGGGUGCUGCGCCGAGGGAGACGAACGGCUUUUGGUUGCGGAAUACAUGCCUAAUGAUACGCUGUCCAAACACCUUUUUCACUGGGAGAAGAAGCCGAUGGCAUGGGAGAUGCGCUUGAGGGUGGCAUAUUAUAUUGCUCAGGCCUUAGACUACUGUAACACUGAAAACAGAAGAAUAUAUCAUGACUUAAAUGCCUAUAGAGUUCUUUUUGAUGAGGACGGUGAUCCCCGUCUGUCGACCUUUGGCCUUAUGAAGAACAGCAGGGAUGGGAAAAGCUAUAGUACCAACUUGGCAUAUACACCUCCAGAAUUUCUGCGAACAGGCAGGGUGAUCGCAGAGAGCGUGAUUUACAGUUAUGGAACUGUUCUCCUGGAUCUUCUGAGUGGGAAGCAUAUACCUCCCAGCCAUGCAUUGGACUUGAUACGUGGUAAGAAUGUCCUUGUGUUGAUGGAUUCGUCCUUAGAAGGACAAUAUGCUAACGAAGAUGCAACCAAGCUUGUUGGACUGGCUUCAAAAUGUCUCCAGUAUGAAGCUCGGGAACGACCGAAUAAUAAGUUCCUUCUUACAUCUCUUGCGCCUCUGCAAAAACAGACUGAUGUGACAUCACAUGUUCUUAUGGGCCUUACAAAAUCAGCGCCAGUGCUGCCCACCAUGCUCUCCCCUCUUGGUCAGGCUUGUGCAAGAAUGGAUCUUACAGCUGUGCAUGAUAUGUUGCUUAAGGUUGGGUAUAAGGACGACGAAGGUGCAGAGAAUGAGCUUUCAUUUCAGGAAUGGACCCAGCAAGUUCAGGAGAUGUUGAACACUAAGAAGUUUGGGGACAUCGCUUUCAGGGACAAGGACUUCAAGACUGCCAUAGACUGUUAUUCUAAACUUCUCCUAUUGAUGUCUGCGCCAUCACCUACUGUAUUCGUGCGUCGGGCAUUCUCAUACUUGAUGAAUGAGCAGUUGGAGUCAGCAUUGAGGGAUGCCAUGCAGGCACAGGUCUGUCUGCAAGAAUGGCCGACUGCCUUCUACAUGCAGGCAAUCGCGCUGUCCAAGCUUGGGAUGGAAGCUGAUGCGCAGGAUAUGCUUCACGAUGGAGCCGCCCUCGAAAUGAAGAAGCAGAACGGCUGGCGCUGCUAAAGCCAGGCCUGUAGGCGACUGCCGCCCCGUUGGCCUGUUCCUGAUCCCUCUUCCGUCAUUGGCUCUCAACGGAUUGCAUGAGAAAAAAACGUAAUGCUGAUGAAGCUGGGAAGAUGGUCGUGCUUGCAGAGUGACUGGUAAUUAGCAAAAUUUUCUCCGUUCUCCAGCUUCUUCCCGAGUCGAAAGUUACGUUGCCUUACGAAUGUGUGGAACAGCCCAUCCAUCGGCUCAAAACACGAGCAAGUGUACAAAUUCAACCACUAGAAAUCAAUAACCUACACUCAUCUCUCUCUCCCUCCACUUCUCGCUCUCUUAUGUACGUAUAUGUAGGACCUAAUUGUACUUGGUUGGUGGUGUCAAUGGGUGGGAUUUGAUUUGGGUGGAUGGCCAA